CAGCUGUCGUAAUAUCAAGUGUCAACAAAACGAUAUCUAAAAUUUCAAAAUAAAUUAGCCCGAAGAUUGUUUUGUGAUAAUUUUUUUUUAUUUUAAAUAUUCACUUUGUCGUGUUUAAUAAAAUACCAAAAUGCAAAAGGAAAGAAAGUGGUUUAAACCGUUGUUUGAAUUUAAUGAUAGCUCACCGCCCAAAAAGACCAAAAAAAAUAAUCCUGAAAGAAAACCACCACCCACUAAUGAGAAACAAUUAAAAGUGCCUAUUGUGAAUAUUCCAUCCGAUAUAAAUGAUAAGAAUUGGAUAAAGAAUUUCGAUCCCAUAAAUGUAGAAGACUUAGCUGUUCAUAAUAAGAAAAUACAAGAAGUUGACGAGUGGCUUAAAACAACCUGUGUUAAUAGUAACAAUGACAUGUUGUUUCUAUCAGGACCCGUGGGCAGCGGCAAAACUGCAACAAUACGCACAAUAGCUUCCAAGUACAAUAUAAAAAUUUCUGAAUGGAUUACACCUCUUGAUAUUGAGUAUCCUUCAGAGUUUGGAGAUUACGAAUUUAAGGAAUCACAAUCAAAAAAGUUUCUUGAGUUCAUAAUAAAUUCAGCAAAUUUCACAUCACUCCUGGACAAUAAUAGCUGUAAAUUAGUACUUGUAGAAGAUUUUCCUAAUGCUUUUCUAAGGUCACCAUCAGAGUUUAUAGAUAUAUUGCAGCAGUACAAACAACGAGCAAAAUCACCUAUAGUAUUUAUUUGUUCAGACUCUCACACUGACAAUAAAAAUACAGCUUUUCAUCUGUUCUCUCCAACUUUGAAAGAGCAAUUUAACAUUCAUCAUAUUAUGUUCAACAGUGUUUCAGUAACUGGCUUAAAAGCAGCCUUGAAAAGAGCAGCAGAUAUAAUAAGUAAAAAAUAUACUACUACAUACAAUGUUCCAACAGUAGACCUAAUUGAGUCUGUUGUUAAUUCGUCUGGUGGUGAUAUUAGAUCAGCAAUAUUAAAUUUACAUUUCGCCUCUUUAAAAGGAUCGGUGGUCAACUUGGAAACCAGUAUUAUUAAAGAAAAGGAAGUAAAAAAUAAAACAAGUAGAAAAAAAAAGACAGUUUCCAACAAAUUUAUGUCCUUAGGAAAAGAUCAAACCGUGAGCAUAUUACAUGGUGUUGGAAGAGUACUGAAUCCUAAAGAAAUAUCCACACCUGAUGGUCGUAAAUCUUUAACUCAUGCUCCGAAGGAUAUUAUUGAACAGUUCUUAAGCCAUCCAUCCUCAUUUAUUAAUUUUUUAGAAGAAAAUUACUUGCCACAUUUUUCAUGUAUCAAUGACGUUGAUAAGGCUGCUUCAACGCUUAGUGAAGGAGAUUGUAUGCUAGCUGAAUGGAGGGAAAAAAUAUGUCAAGAAUAUGGUUUAUAUACAGCAGUAGCUGGUCUAAUGAUAGCAAACAAGUCACCGGUAUCAGCUUGGAAUCCGGUGCGGGGACCAAAAAACAUGAGAAUACAGUAUCCAUCCCUCAAUGAAUUACCACUUUUAGAACCAAACUACCUGUAUAAGGGUAAAGUAAUUGUUACAGAUUAUUUGACAUAUACUAAUAUAAUUGGCAGUUAAAUUGUAUAACAGUGUUUUCCACAUCCUGUACGCGUACGGCUGUUCUGUUAUUGUAAAUAUUAAUUUCUUCGAUGUACAUCCAUUUAUCUGUUUUUGUGUCAAAUAUUUACAAAUGAUGUUUGAUUUUUGGUAAUGGAUUUCGAUCUGAUGAACGAAUAUGGCGUUCAAAAUACCAGCAAGUUUAUUUUUAAGGUAAAAUUAAAAAUAUCUACAUUUUCUUUAUUUCCAUUGUUUCUCGCAUUUAUUGCGAUAAAUCUUCUAGUAGGGAAAAAUGUUUGCCACAAUAGUUGUAGAUAAUAAAAACAUUGUAUUUUUAGGUAGAUUUUGUGUAGUCAGUCGGUUGUAAAAAAAAAAUUCUGUUAUGUUCGUUUUCAGCGCGUCCAAAUUAGAAUACUAAAUAGAUAGUACUAACUUUAUAUUUAAAAAAAAGAAUUCAAGUCAGUUUCCAAUAAAAUAUUUCAAAUUAAUUAUUUUGAUGAAGUAUCAAAAAUGUAUAACGUUAGCUACUCAAUGCUAGUCAAAUAAUAAUCUAAAAAUAUAGUAAGAUGGACAUUUUCCAACAAUGAUAAC